UCUUUUUAGGGCUCAUGUAAUCAAAGAAGUUUUUGUUGUGUGUAUCUUUUCAGAACACAACAGGAAUUGGAAAUGAAUCAGAACGAUACUGAGCCUGUGGCAGCCACUGAGACCCUGGCUGAGGUACCUGAACAUGUGCUUCGCGGACUUCCAGAGGAAGUGAGGCUUUUCCCAUCUGCUGUUGACAAGACUCGGAUUGGUGUCUGGGCCACUAAACCAAUUCUAAAAGGCAAAAAGUUUGGACCAUUUGUUGGUGAUAAGAAAAAAAGAUCUCAGGUUAAGAAUAAUGUGUACAUGUGGGAGGUGUAUUACCCAAACUUGGGAUGGAUGUGCAUUGACGCCACCGAUCCAGAGAAGGGGAACUGGCUGCGAUAUGUGAAUUGGGCUUGCUCAGGAGAAGAGCAAAAUUUAUUUCCACUGGAAAUCAACAGGGCUAUUUACUACAAAACUUUAAAGCCAAUCGCGCCGGGCGAGGAGCUCCUGGUCUGGUACAAUGGGGAAGACAACCCCGAGAUAGCAGCUGCGAUUGAGGAAGAGCGAGCCAGCGCCCGGAGCAAGCGGAGUUCCCCGAAAAGCAGGAAAGGGAAGAAAAAACCCCAGGAAAAUAAAAACAGAGGAAACAAAACUGAAGACAUACAGCUGAAGACAAGUGAGCCAGAUUCCGCCUCUGCAAGAAUGAGAGAUUCCGCAGAAGGUGCCAGAGAAGAGGCCGAGAAGCCUUCAGCCUCGGCAGUCGAGCAGACAGCUGUUCUUCAGGAGGUGCUUAGUCAGGAUGUGCUUCCAGGGCUGGUGGCCCCUCCCCCUGCCGGCGAGCCACAGACAGAGCCCGGCGACAAGCUAGAAGCAGCACGUUGUGAGGUGAAUGACCUGGAGGAGGAGGAGGAGGAAGAGGAGGAGGAGGAGGAUGAAGAUGAUGAGUUGGAAGAAGAGGGGGAAGAAGAAGCUGACAUGCCAAAUGAAAGUUCUGUGAAAGAGCCAGAAAUACGGUGUGAUGAGAAGCUAGAAGAUUUAUUAGAAGAACCAAAAAAUAUUUCAAAAGACGCUCUCGAAGACUCUCCAGAGGUAACACCUGUUACCAAAAUUCCCAAAACUAAGGAAGAGGCCAACGGUGAUGUAUUCGAAACAUUAAUGUUCCCAUGUCAGCAUUGUGAAAGGAAGUUUACAACCAAGCAGGGGCUUGAGCGUCACAUGCAUAUCCACAUGUCUACAGUCAACCACGCUUUCAAAUGCAAGUACUGUGAGAAACCCUUCGGCACGCAGAUCAACAGGCGCAGGCACGAGCGCCGCCACGAGGCGGGGUUGAAGCGGAAACCCAGCCUAACACUACAGCCAUCGGAGGACCUGGCUGAUGGCAAAGCAUCUGGAGACAGUGGCACUCCAAAAGAUGACUCGAAUCCUUCCACUCUUGGGCAGGACUGUCUGAUCUUGAGUUCAGAGAAAGCUUCCCAAGAAACAGUAAAUUCUUCUGUUGUAGAAGAGAACGGAGAAGUUAAAGAGCUUCAUCCAUGCAAAUAUUGUAAAAAGGUCUUUGGAACUCAUACUAACAUGAGACGGCAUCAGCGUAGGGUUCAUGAACGUCAUCUGAUUCCCAAAGGUGUGCGGAGAAAAGGCGGCCUCUUGGAAGAGCCCCAGCCAGCAGCAGAGCAGGCCCGCCCGGCCCAGAAUGUCUACGUACCCAGCACGGAACCAGAGGAGGAAGGGGAGGCAGAUGAUGUGUACAUCAUGGACAUCUCUAGCAAUAUCUCUGAAAACUUAAAUUACUAUAUUGAUGGUAAAAUUCAAACCAGCAGCAGCACCAGUAACUGUGAUGUGAUUGAGAUGGAAUCUAGUUCGGCGGACUUGUAUGGUAUAAACUGUCUGCUUACUCCAGUUACAGUGGAAAUUACUCAGAAUAUAAAGACCACACCGGUCCCCAUCACAGAUGACCUUCCUAAGGAGCCUUCCAGCAGCACAACCAGUGAGUCCAAGAAACGGAGAACUGCUAGUCCUCCUGUGUUACCCAAAAUUAAAGCUGAAGCAGAGUCUGAGCCCACAGCACCCUCGUGUUCCUUAAGCCUGCCUCUCAGCAUAUCCACUGCAGAGGCAAUGUCCUUCCACAAAGAGAAAGGCAGCCUGUACUUGUCCUCAAAGCUCAAGCAGCUCCUUCAGACCCAGGAUAAACUGACUCCCCCCGCGGGGAUUUCGGCACCUGAGAUCCCUAAGCUUGGUCCUGUCUGCGUGUCCGCUCCUGCGUCGAUGUUGCCCGUGACCUCGAGUAGGUUUAAGCGGCGGACUAGCUCCCCUCCCAGCUCUCCGCAGCACAGUCCUGCCCUUCGAGACUUUGGAAAGCAAAGUGAUGGUAAAGCCAUGUGGACUGAUGCAGUUCUAAGUUCCAAAAAGCCCAAAUUAGAAAGUCAUAGCAGCUCCCCGGCGUGGAGCUUGUCUGGGAGAGACGAGCGAGAAGCCGUGAGCCCGCCUUGCUUUGAUGAAUACAAGGCACCUAAAGAGUGGGCUGCCAGCUCCGCUUUCAGCAGUGUGUGCAGCCAGCAGCCAUUGGAUCUGUCCAGCGGUGUCAAACAGAAGGCUGAGGGUACAGGCAAGACCCCGGUCCAGUGGGAAUCGGUGUUAGAUCUCAGUGUGCAUAAAAAGCCGUGUAGUGACUCGGAAGGCAAGGAAUUCAAAGACAAUAGCAUGGCUCAGCCGGCCUGCAGUGCUAUCAAGAAAAAGAAACCGACCACCUGCAUGCUGCAGAAGGUCCUUCUCAAUGAAUACAAUGGCGUCAGUGCACCCAUCGAAAACACGGCAGAUGUGACCAGGAGCCCGAGUCCUUGUAAAUCCCUAGAUCCCCAAGCAGAUCCUGACUCGGGUUUAUCUGCCCCUGCUGUGGAGUCCCCACCUGAUGUUUCUCCUUCAUCCCCUGUCCUCCAGACACCCUCUCUUUCUUCUGGGCAGCUGCCUCCUCUCUUGAUGCCAACACAUCCCUCGUCCCCUCCACCCUGUCCUCCUGUGUUAACUGUUGCCACUCCGCCUCCUCCACUUCUUCCAACCAUACCUCUUCCAGCUCCCUCUUCUGGGGCAUCUCCUCACCCGUGUCCCUCCCCACUCUCGAAUGCUGCUGCACAGUCCCCACUUCCCAUCCUUUCUCCGACAGUGUCUCCCUCGCCAUCGCCCAUUCCUUCCGUGGAGCCGCUCAUGUCUGCUGCUUCGCCGGGGCCUCCGACGCUUUCCUCAUCUUCUUCCUCAUCCUCCUCUUCUUUCUCUUCGUCUUCCUCCUCUUCCCCUUCACCGCCUCCUCUCUCAGCAGUAUCCUCUGUUGUUUCCUCUGGGGACAAUCUGGAAGCCUCUCUCCCCAUGAUAUCUUUCAAGCAGGAGGAACUAGAGAAUGAAGAUCUGAAACCCAGGGAAGAACCACAGCCUUCUGUUGAACAGGAUAUUGUUCAGGAGACAUUCAACAAAAACUUUGUCUGCAAUGUCUGUGAAUCACCUUUUCUUUCCAUUAAAGAUCUAACCAAACAUUUAUCUAUUCAUGCUGAAGAAUGGCCCUUCAAAUGUGAAUUCUGUGUGCAGCUUUUUAAAGCCAAAACUGAUUUGUCGGAACAUCGCUUUUUGCUGCAUGGAGUGGGGAAUAUCUUUGUGUGUUCCGUUUGUAAAAAGGAAUUUGCUUUUUUGUGCAAUUUACAGCAGCACCAGCGAGAUCUCCACCCGGAUAAGGUGUGCACACACCACGAGUUUGAAAGUGGCACCCUGAGGCCGCAGAACUUCACAGAUCCCAGCAAGGCCCACGCAGAGCAUAUGCAAAGUUUGCCAGAAGAUCCUUUGGAAGCGUCGAAAGAAGAGGAGGAGGAGUUAAAUGAUUCCUCUGAGGAGCUGUAUACGACCAUAAAAAUUAUGGCUUCUGGAAUAAAGACGAAAGACCCAGAUGUUCGAUUGGGUCUCAAUCAACAUUACCCAAGCUUUAAACCGCCUCCAUUUCAGUACCACCACCGAAACCCCAUGGGUAUCGGUGUGACGGCCACCAACUUCACUACACACAACAUUCCACAGACUUUUAGCACUGCCAUUCGCUGUACAAAGUGUGGUAAAGGUGUAGACAACAUGCCUGAGUUACACAAGCAUAUCCUGGCAUGUGCUUCUGCUAGUGACAAGAAGAGGUACACCCCUAAGAAAAACCCGGUACCGCUGAAACAAACUGUGCAACCCAGAAACGGCGUGGUGGUUUUGGAUAACUCUGGGAAAAAUGCCUUCAGACGAAUGGGGCAACCCAAAAGACUGAACUUUAGUGUCGAGCUCAGCAAAAUGUCACCAAAUAAGCUCAAAAUAAAUGCAUUGAAGAAAAAAAACCAGCUUGUCCAGAAGGCAAUCCUGCAAAAAAACAAAUCUGCCAAGCAGAAGGCCGACUUAAGAAACGCCUCGGAGUCGUCCUCGCACAUCUGCCCGUACUGCCAUCGGGAGUUCACGUACAUCGGCAGCCUGAAUAAGCAUGCUGCUUUCAGCUGUCCCAAAAAACCGCUUUCUCCUCCCAAAAGAAAAGUUGCCCAUUCGUCCAAGAAAGGUGGGCACGCAUCACCUGCAAGUAGUGACAGAAACAGUAGCAGCAGCCACCGCAGACGGACAGCGGAUUCAGAGAUUAAAAUGCAAAGCACGCAGGCUCCUUUGGGCAAGACCAGAGCUCGAAGCUCAGGCCCCGCACAGGUCCCACUGCCCUCUUCCUCCUUCAGGUCCAAGCAGAAUGUCAAAUUUGCAGCUUCAGGGAAGUCCAAAAAGCCAAGCUCCUCUUUAAGGAACUCGAGCCCAAUAAGAAUGGCCAAAAUAACUCACGUCGAGGGGAAAAAACCCAAAGCUGUGGCCAAGAAUCAUUCUGCUCAGCUUUCAAGCAAGACGGCCCGGAGCCUGCAUGUGAGGGUACAGAAAAGCAAAGCCGUCUUACAAAGCAAAUCCACUCUGGCCAGUAAGAAAAGAACAGACCGGUUCAAUGUAAAAUCUAGAGAGCGGAGUGGAGGGCCAAUCACCCGAAGCCUCCAGCUGGCGGCUGCUGCCGACCUGGGCGAAGGCAGGAGGGAGGACAGCGGUGGCAAGCAGGAGCUGAAGGACUUCAGGAACUUCCUGUAGAAAAGCCCCCCACACAAACCAAACCUUAAUUGACUAAAUAAAGAUAAUGCAUGCUCAACUUAGGAUAAGCACUACGACAAAGGACACGAAAUCUACCAAGCUUGCAAGACCAGUUGAAGCUGACAAAAAUCCUAACACUCAACUGAUUGCCGGCAGGCUUCUUGUUGCCCUGGUUAGAGUCAGGCAUCUGCUUCUUCGCUGGUGCCCAACACGUGCUGGGCACCCAGGUGAUUGAGAUGCAAGAGGGUGCUGUAAGACGGGCCAGAGAAACUGGCUCGUCGUCACGGGACUGACAACUCAGAUGUGAGUGUGGCCCUGGUUUUUGGCACAUAGCAGAGGAAGGAAUGACUUGAACUUAACCUUGCAAAGCAAGUUCUCAGUUUUAUCGAUAGUUUGUUGUAGAUUUCAGGGAUGACAAAUUCUAAUGCACUCAUUUUGAGAUGUUUUGGUCACACACCAGCUCUUGAUGCCUUUUUUUUUAAGUUAAUUAUAGGCAGAGAGACGCAUUUAGCCUCUCUCCUAGCCUGCUUUUUUUUAUAUUAUUAUUAUUAUCACAAGCAGAUUGCCAGCACAAUGGAGAGGAAACCAGAUUGGAUAUGGACUCCUUUUUUAUGCCUCUUCCAGUUUUAUGUGUAUAUAUCCAGAUGGACAUCCUCUCAAAUAAUUACGUGGCACUAAUUUAUACCUAUUACUGUUAUUGGAGACUAUGUAGCAAUAUACCGAUGCCCAGGACGCAUCACAGCCUAUAAAGGUGUGUCUGCACAUAAGUAAAAGAAUUUUUGUAACAGGUUUUACACUUCAGUCUCUAAUAGAGAUUUAGAAACUACAAAUUGGCCUCUUCCUGAGUAUAUCGUUUCUCCAUACAUUAUAUAUGUUUUCACCCUAAUUAAUGACUGAGUUGGUGGGAAAUGGCUAGGUUAUUCAUCGUUUUUGUUUUUGUUCUAAACUUUAAAAAUAAUCUACCUCUUAAAAUUUGUAGUUUAAUACUUGUUUGGUGAAUUUGUGCCACUUUAACCCUUUCACUAUCAUUCCCAUUUUGUUACAUUUCUGUUCUGGGGACUUUGUGUUGAAAUAUUGUAUAAAGCAUUUGUAGCAGUUUGAAAAUAAAAUAUUUAAAAUUAUUUAAAUUGUUUUGGACACUUCAAUUGUAUUAUAUGUGAUUUACAUUUUACAUUUGUGUUUGAGUUGUUAAUCUGGAGAGUGUUCUUGUACUGGAGUUUGCUGUUAGUUAUUUUAUUGUUUCUUGUUGGAGAGUUAUGAUAUAAAAGACUAUUCUAAUGAAAACAUUAAAAUUUACAUUUGACAUACAAAAGGGAUUGUCUGUUGAUUUGAACCGAUGGCUUUGUAAGAGGGAAGGAGGUUGAUUGUAGAUAGACAAGUCAAGAGCUGUUUGUUUGCUGUUUAUCCCCUUCCAGGAUGGAACGAAUCAUUUGAGCUUGUCAUGUGUACAAACGUUUUUUUAUGCUGUUGUUAGCAAGCACUUAAUAACUAGGGAACUUUAAAUGAUACAUUUUAUAUCAUUGUAACCAAUAAAAACUUUCUGAAAGCUUGUGAAAGGACUGCAUUUUGUACAUGGCCGGGAGCAGUGAAGGUACACGAGGAAGAGGCAUGCAGGAAGCAGGAAGCGCUGUCUGCCCCUGCGACCUCUUCACGCCUUCCUGUUGGCAUUACUGAGGGUCUGUGUUUCUUACUGCUUGGCUACCAUUGAGGGGGUUGCCACAAAGUCAGGGGUGCUGAGCAGGACUCAGGAGUGAAAUAAAGCAUUUCACAUGUGGGGGUCUCCACUUCCUCUUUGCUUACUAACACUUUACUCUGGUUUGGGAAUUUUUAUUGUUAAGGAUCCCCAAGGAAUGAAGCAGAGAAGUUGGAACAUCUGUAUUAAGUUUCUAUGGGGUUGCCAUUUUUCUUGAGAUUAAAAAUGGUUGAAUGUCGGCAGUCGUAAAGUCCCACGCGAUAGCACUGUGGUUCUCAUACCUUACAUCGGUACGUGUCAUUUCUUAGGGUAGACGGGAAAGCUGAAGGGAUGGUCAGCAUCUCCUAGUCAAGCGCCUCAUUUCUGGUUUAUGAUACUCCUGUGGUCGAGACCGGAAGGGGAGGAGGUGAGAGGUUAGAGGAGUUACGCAAUGGCUUCCAGUGUUCGUUGUUCUAGCUGCCCUCUAAAACCGAGGUUUGGAUGUGCAUGGCUCCCUGUUGGCCGCAUGUUGUGUGAUGCAAGGACACUGCUCCGGGACGGAGUGACUCCAUCUGGCCGUCUGCUCUUCAUCUGUCUCAUCGGGCUGCCCGCCAGCAGGCUCUGACAGUCGGCCUCGGGCAGAUCACUUCUGGGUUUUAGUUCGCAGUCUGUGCAAAGUGGGGAACGGCUAGAUGGUCUCUGCGUUUCCCUUCUAGAAGGUCUUUUUACUGGGUACGGAGGCUGACAGACUUUCGAGGGACGGAGGAGCAGGGCCGGGUCUGUCUUGUGACUGGGUCUUGCAGCAGAGCCUGAAGUGGCAGACUCAGGCCUUGACUCAGUGGAGGAGUCCCCAAGAAGUCACUUCUCCCAUCUCGCCAGCAGUGCGCUGCCC